AUGCAUAUGCUACUGAAAUGUCUGUUUCAGCUUCGUGAAUUCGCGUUUCCGUUUGAGAGGACGCUGCGUCUCGAUUUCUUGGAGCGUCAAGGGGCUCGUGUGGUGGUGAGGUACAAAGUGGGACGUCCAUUAGUGACUACAGACGUCGAAGACGAAGUGUCCGAGCCUAUCGAUGGCGACGAGAGGUCAUGGGUAAAGACUGAGCUGUCCGAAGGUCAAAAUAAUGUAACAGAAAGCAAGCUUUCACCGCCAUCACAGGUUAGCUUCAUCCGAAGUUCUACAGGAGAUUGGUCUGCAGUAUAUUUGGUUAUUGAUGGUGUGUUUCAUGUGCCGCCUCACAUACGAUUGCCAUUUGUUUCAAGUCUACAAAUUUUUGAACAAAUGUCAAAGUGCGCAAAGAGCGCUACGACAGCGUUGAAAAAACAUUUUAGCAAGAACCCAUUUCUGGAUUUCUCCAUAGAACACGUUUAG